ACACAAAUGCAACGGUUAUAUUUGAAUUUUGUUUCGAUUUCCAAAGCUUUGAGAAUAUCAUGUGAAUUGUGAUAAGUCAGUGUAUAUUUUAUCUUAAUUGUUUUUAUUUUGAUUUACAAUAUGACCAAUGUAGAGGAAAUAAUUGACUAUAUUAAAUCAUUGAAGAAAGGUUUUGACAAAGAGUUAUUUGAGUGUAAAUUAGAAGAACUCGCCUAUGUUGCCCAAAACACUGGAUUGGACGAUGCCAACUUUCAGAUUCUAUUUAAACUUUGGCUGAACUUAAAUAUACCAAUAAGAAAAUGGAUGAACCUCGGUUGCUGUAUUAUUCCACAGGAAAGAGUAGGACGGAACUCUGUAGAAUAUGUUUUAAGAUGGUUGCUAGCAAAUAAUAGAAACCCAACAUUUCAUCCCAGAAUUUGUUUUCUUUUGGACUGGUUAACAGUUGCUAUGGAUGCGGAUGCAAUUGAUAACACUGCACUUGACAUGGGUUAUGCCAUAUUUUUUAGUCUUUUAUUCUCUGAGAAAUUGACAUCUCAUGUAAUUAAACUGAUAUAUGUUUUAACUAAACCCUUUGAUGUUACUAGAGAAAGCGUAUUGGAAAUUCUUAAAGAGGUUAAAAAGAGAGAAGGCAAGAAAAGUUUAGUUAGACAGUUGCAAGUUCUCCUUGGUUUGUUUAAAACAUACAAGCCAGAAUGUGUUCCAGAACAAAUGCCUUCGGUUUCCGUUCAUACAGCAUUUAAAAAACUCAAUAUUCAACUUGUUGAAAGAUUUAAGAUGUGUCAGCUUCGAAAAAAUAACAACAGCCAGACAAAACCAAAGUUGGUAUGGGCUGAUUCGGGGAUGGGAAAGACAAAUAAAAAACAUGGUCAACUGGUACCCAGUUUGGAGUUUGUGCAAAUGAGGUCGACAGAAUACAAUGGAAAAAGUCCACAGAAAACAUAUUUGGAUUUUUCUGAGCCACAAGAAUUACUGCAAUACAGUCUGAACCAUAAAUUGGCGCGACCAGCUAGAUUACGUGCGUUGCUUAGCAACGCGACAGGCCACACUCUGUUAUCUCUGACCGACCAACAUCAAUUCACAUUUCUAAUACACGAUUUGCAUCAUGUCCUUUCAUAUUACUUCCUUGCAUCAUCAGCACAUAGUGUUGCCGAAAAAGAGAAUUUCCUUGGCCAGUUGGCCAUCUUCCAAACGACGCUUAUGCAGGGUUUGCCUGUUGUCACUAAGUUUUUGGCGCAAUUCUUGCCUUUUUGGAAUGAAAAGGAUUACCUUACCGAAAUAUUGUCCCUCCUCGAGUGGAUAAGUAUUGACAGUCCAGAAUUAGUUUUGGACAUAUUAAGCGUGGUCACACAAAUUUGCUGCCGAGCUCAACCAAUACACCAAUGCCUUAUAAUCAAGACUGUGACUGCAAUGUAUACGAAUUUGGUUUUCACAAGUACGCGACCAAAGGAAUAUUUUGUUCUUGAAAGACCUACAGAUGAAAAGUAUAGAGAGGGGAUUAGCAUCGUAGCAAAUUCCCUCACUGACAUGUGUAACAAAUGCUUGCAAAUCAAUCCUAAUGAUAUACGCUUAGUACUAAGCAGUCUUCAAGCGCUCGUAUCGUGUGCGUAUACGUGCACGCAGAUUGGGCGUGGCGAGAGCGUGGGCGCAGUACCCGGUAUGCUCGUACUGAGUAUACCUUUGUUAAGCAAUUGCGCUCUGAUGAUCGAUAUGCUGGCUAAUUUAUUAAAUAUGUACAAACGACUUCUACCCGCAUACAAAGUGAACCACGGAAAAGACCAUUUAUAUAAAAGUUAUAUGAACAUUCUCAUACCAUACUUUUCCGAUUUCGUUAGCUGUCUUUCCGAAGAGUUUAUUAACAAUCGCAAUAAAGGAUUAGUUUUUCGUAAUCUCAAACCAAAUACCGUAAAUAAACUGACCUAUUUAAUGCCCGAUAUUAACAGCUCACUUUGUAUCAGAAAUCAUCUGGCGUUCGCUCCAUAUACAUAUAUGAAAAUUGGAUCGACAAUUAGUGAUGAAUUCAUACAUGAAUCGGUGUUUGAGAAAUUGACACAUUUAAAAGAGAUUAUGAUUACAAUUUCCAAUUAGUGUUUGUAAGUUUGCUUUUUAAGUGAGCGGUGUGACUUGAUUAAUUAGAUAUAUGUAUUCUUUAUAGUUUUGCAGAUACAGAAUUUACGUCAAAAUAACUAUAAGUUGUUCGGUUUUUAUUGUAAUUUUAGAGUAAUGUUAAAAAAUGGCCUGCAUGCACUCCGUAAAUUGAAUCAUGAAAUUACACUAGUAAAGUUCUAGUUUUAUAGAAUUAAAACUUAAAGAUGAAGUGAAAACUUAAAGUUUUAGAGUCGACAAUUAGCGAACACACAAUCGUAUACGUUGACAUACUGGUGACGUAUUAUCGCUACUUUAACAUGAAACACACAUCGUAUCACCUCGACGUCCGCCGCACCACCACUUUGUGGAACUACCUGCCCACUGAAGCAUCGAACCAAUUCGACUUAGGGUCCUUCAAACGUACCAAUUUUUAAAAGGCCGGCAACGCUCCUGCGAGCCCUCUGGUAUUGAGAGUGUACAUGAACGGCGGUGUCAGGUGAACCUCCUUCCCAUUUGGAUAUAAAAAAACUGUUUAAUCAAAUUCCGUAAAUAUUUAAAUUUUAAAUCGACCAUAGCCUAGUUAAGAAAUCAGCCAAUGGCCAGUGAACGCCAUUAUACGUAUAUGUUCGUAGAUUUAGCGUAUCCAACGUCCGCCUUUAAUUUUAAAACUGCCGUUAAGCCUUGUACUUCAGAUAAGUCAUAAACCCAUAAUAAUGAAAUUUAGGCACUGCGUUAAUAAGAGCUUGAAUAAUAAUACUAUCUAGAUUCAAUGAAAGGGGAGUGCUAGCAACGGCAUAGACAGAAUCAUAAAUAUCGGGAAAAGAAGACACAAUACUAUUUAUUAUAUACUACUAUUAUAUACUAUAUAUUAUAUUACAAAUGGUUUCAUAUGUGUAAUGGGACAAAGCCAAAGCAGCGACUGGUUUUGAAAUAAAAUUUUAACAAACUUAUUCUGAAUAUCGCGACCAAACAGCAUUUGUUAUUUAUGUAUAAUUCCGAAUCAAAUAGGUUUGAAGCUUUUUUUGUGGUUUAGCUGGCUUUAUGAGUAGCGUUUGAAAGUUAUGCUAGUGUCAAAAUAAUAAUUUAUUUUAAUUCUUUAAUAUAAUGUAUAUUCAAAUAAUUUUAUAUUUUGCUAUAUCCAUAACCUGCGAGUUCAGUAAUUAAAGUAUACAAAGCAAAGAAUUUCAGAGACUGAAACGCGAGUAGUUUAGGCUUGAAGUUUAAUCUAUGUGAACUGAAUGAAUUUAAAACCCAUACAAUUGUUAGAUAAUUCCAAAUUGUAUUUUUAGAUUAUUUUUUUAUAAAAUAAAGAAUUAAAUAUU